CAAACUUCAGUUUCCAUUAUCCGCAUAUUACUGCCAGAUAUGCUGAUUUCUUUGCAUAUAAUGCCCACGAAUUUGUCAAUUCAGAAAAGCAAUCGAUUUUCUAAUUCUCAAGGCCUCGCCUGUUCUUUAUCACGCAACCGCAGCAUCAAGCUCCAAACAAUUCGCGCCAUAUCUCAAAUCCCAGCUAUGCAGCAGAAAAUAACGAUACUGAAUAAUCGUGGUGAAAAACUUGUUGGUGUAUUGCAUGAGUCUGGAUCAAGUAAAAUUGUAGUUCUAUGCCAUGGUUUCAGAUCCUCAAAGGAAAACAACACCCUGGUCAACCUUACUGCUGCUCUAGAAAAUGAAGGCAUCAGUGUAUUUCGCUUUGAUUUUUCUGGAAAUGGGGAAAGUGAGGGCUCUUUUAUGUAUGGUAACUACUCCAGUGAGGUUGAAGACUUAAGAGCUGUGAUUGAAUACUUCAAGAAAGUCAACCGUUUGACAGUUGCCGCUAUUGGGCACAGUAAAGGUAUAUCAAACCUGUGUAUAAUUAAUUGGACAAAUAUUCAUCAAGAGAUAAAAGUUGCUACUGUAGAGGAACUUGUGGUUUCCGGUCCUUCCACCGUACGAAUGGGUAUUACUGAACUUGUGGUUUCCGGUCCUUCCACCGUACGAAUGGGUGGCAAUGUAGUCCUCCUUUAUGCAUCCAAGUAUCAUGAUAUAGGUGCAGUAGUAAAUGUCUCUGGCCGUUGUGAUCUCGAAAGAGGUAUCAAGGAGCGCCUGGGAAAAGAUUACUUGGAAAGACUCGAGAAGGAUGGAUUUAUAGAAGUUAAAACUAAAGCAGGAGAUUACAAAGUUACUGAAGAGAGUAUGAGGGAGCGGCUCAGUACAAGCAUGCAUGACGUGUGCCAUUCAAUUGAUGUUGGGUGCAGGGUGUUCACAGUUCAUGGAUCAUUAGAUGAAAUUGUGCCAGUAGGAGAUGCAAUAGAGUUUUCCAAGAUUAUACCAAAUCAUCAGUUGCAGAUUAUUGACGGGGCAGACCAUCGUUUUUCUUCACAUGAGCAUGAAUUAGCUUCAGCUGUCUUCCACUUCGUAAAGGGAUGCUUCUAA